ACAUUUUUUGUGGAAAAGGCUAAUGUCAAACAUUCCGCAAGACUCAAAGUUAGUCUUUCUCAUAAAAAUUUAAUUUUAUUAACUACAAAGCUUUCAUUUUUCUAAGUUUUUUUGAUGAUAAAAUUAUUAACUUGAAGUUUGAAAAAAAAAUUAUUUCUAAACAUUUCAAUUUAUUUUAAUUAAAGAAUUUUCGGUGAAAAAUGAGUGAAGAAAUUGAAGAAAUAUUAAGUUCUCCUGAGAGAGAAGUAUCUCCAAUCAACAUACCGAGGAUUAAAGUAAAACCCCUUCAUAAGCUAACAAAUCUACAAAGAAUAAAAUCCAGAAAUGCAAAUGCAAAGCAACGCGAGAUGAUGGUUGAAGCUAUUCUGAAGAAUCCAGAACUCUUUCGUGGAAGGAAAGGAGUUCGGGCUGUUGAGAAGUGGAAGAAAGCCUGGGAGGAUUUGACGCUGACUCUGAAUACUCUUGGACCUCCAAGGAGACUCCAUCUGUGGCACAAGAUGUGGAAGAAUAUGAUUGCAAGGGUACGAGAGAAGCAGGCAAUAAUUAAUGGAGAGAUAAGAACGAAUGGAGAUGCCAGUGCUGUUGAACCCUUGACCGCCAUGGAGCAAGAUAUCCUGAAAUUCAUUAAAUUCUGCAAGACGGACAAUCCAUCACAAUUAUCGAACAAGAGGAUCCUGAAGACCUAUCCGGGACGAGUUAUCUCCAAACCUGUAGAGAGCGUUAGUCCACAGAAGGAAGGUCAGAGGGCUGAAACUCCCAUUGACAUGGUGAUAGAUUUAGAAGAUAGCCGUUCACAUUGGACUAGUAGUCCAGAACCCACGGAAGAUCCGGAGAUGCAGAUGAAAGUGUUGAGAACCUACAGCAGCUGCACUAAGUCUGUUGAUACUGAGACAAUUUCCCUCCCUGAUCUUCCACCGGUAACAGAAAAUGAGGAACAAGAUCAAUUUGAUGAACCUGCUCAGGAUGAUGAAGAUCACCAAGAAACGGAGAAUUCUUCCGUUCAGAGUCCUCAGCCAAGUUCAUCUGUUCGUCCUCCGGAAAUUGAAUUAAUCUCUGAUGAGCAAAUGUCCCCAAGACCUUCUCCUCCAGCAAAAAUCCCGAAAAAUCGCAAAAUCUUCCGGGAAAAUCAGGAAAAUCCCAAUCAGGAUUUGCUGGUGGAGAAUGCAAGAUUGAGGGCUGAAAAUGAGGCGUUGAAGAAUCAGGUGAAAUUCCUGCAGCAAGAAUUCUCAAAGAUGACUGAUAUUCUGUACUGUGCCACUGUUUGAAUUCCUGGAAUCUCUUCAUCACCGAAGGAGUUUUAAUUUCUUCACUAAAGGAGCAAUUUGACUCUUCUCGUACACUUUAACAGCUAAACAUGUUGGGAUGUUCUCUUCACUCCUUCUGAGCUCAAAGACAAUGUCCUUACUUUGCAGAUCCUUCACCAAUUUCUCCAAUUGUGUCUCAUUGUCCACCUUUAAAAAAAUUUAGAGUUUAAUAAAACUGUUGAAAAGGA